GCCAUAACGACCAGUGUGUACGGUGUGGGUUUCUAUUCUCUUUUCUCUCUUUUCAAUUCAUCUCAAAGAAAGAAACCUUACCUCACCUCACAGACACGCAUAUAGUUUUUCCCAAUUCUUGGGGAUUCAAAAUUCAUCGAGUGGCAUCAUCAUCGAACUUCAUCGAUCGAUCGCCACCCUCGUCCUGCGUGUUCGUCAAAUCUUCCCCCAUUUUCAAUCCCCAAAUCACGAGAUCUGAACGAAACCGCAUCUCAAUCAUCCACCGGACGAGGAAACUAGAGGGGAUGGCUGAUGAUGAUAAAGCAGUUGGGGAAGGUGGUGAGAAGAAAGAGACGAGUCCUACUGCUGCCGGUGCCGGUGGCGAUGGAAAGAAGAAGCCCAAGGGAUUCUUUUCCCGGAUUUGGAAUGGUAUAUUUAGGUUACAUGGUGAUGAUUUUGAGAAGAGACUUCAACACAUUUCUAAAGAGGAAGCUACUGUUAUGUCUAGAAUGAGCAAGAGAUCGCGAACAUGGAGACGAAUGUGCCGCAAUCUUAUUAUAUUUUCUGUUAUAUUUGAGGUCAUUGCUGUAAGUUAUGCUAUUAUGACAACAAGAUCAGUGGAUAUGAAUUGGAAAAUGAGGGCAAUCCGGGUUUUGCCUAUGUUUCUUUUGCCUGCACUAUCAUCUGCUGCGUAUUCAGGAUUUGUCAGCUUCACCAAAAUUUGUGAUCGCAGGGACCAGAAAAUUCUUGAUAGGCUUCGAGCUGAAAGGCAAGCAAAAAUUGAUGAGCUCAAAGAAAAGACAAAUUAUUACUCUACACAACAGCUCAUUCAGAGAUAUGACACUGACCCAGCUGCAAAGGCAGCUGCUGCAACUGUUUUGGCAUAUAAGUUGGGUGCAGAUUCUGGUUUGAAAGUGCAUAUGGGAGAUGAAUCCAAACCCAAUUCUGCAACGGGGAAGAGCAAUGAUGUUGAACUUGUGCAGUCUACUGGACUUCGAAAUCGGAAACAAGUUCACUCUAGUCCAGGGACAACCACAACAAAUUUUGAUGAGCAACAAUUAGUAGAUUCUGGGGGGAUUGAUCAAACUCAGACCUCUGAGUACAAUCAGCUUGUUGUUGUUGAACAUCAACAUCCUCAAAGCUCCACCGCGCAAGAUGGAGGAUGGAUUGCACGGAUUGCAGCGUUGCUUGUGGGUGAGGAUCCAACUCAGUCUUAUGCUCUCAUAUGCGGUAACUGCCAUAUGCAUAAUGGUCUAGCUCAGAAGGAGGAUUUCCCAUUUAUCACUUACUAUUGCCCGCACUGUCACGCGCUGAACAAACCAAAGAAUUUGCAUUUGGAUGAGCGUAUCUCUGGUCUUGCAUCCCCAAACACGGUGUCUCCGAAAACAGACGAUGGUGGGGCAGUUAAAAGUGCUAGCCCUUCUGCUGCUGAGAGCAUCAUCCCAAGCAAUAGCCCUGUAAGUGCUGGCCCGGAAAUUGAGGAAAUAUCAGAAAAAGAAAGUUUUGAGGAGAAAGCUAAUUGAAAGGGUAUCCUACUUUUCGUGUUUUGGCUGUUGGGUUGCCAUGUUUCACCCCUUGUUCACGGCACUGAGCUGACUAUAUUAUGGGGAAGAACUAUGCAGUUGGUUUCCUUUGUUGGCAUUGCAAUCGAAAGAGUGCGGAAAUAGUCUGAUACAUAUUAUGAUUUGUCAGUACAUAGAUUACAUGGAUUGCUUGUGAGUUAAUGCAAUUUUGGUAUGUUGAUGUCUUUUUCUUGGUGUUAUGUUGUUUGUGAUCAUGCAUCUUUUUAGGUUUCUAUUAUGCUUUUCUAUA